AUGGGUGAAUUACAGAAACUCAGGCUCAAGAUGAGGCCCAGGCGAACGUUGGCCGAUCGGGCCAACAGCCUGCGAAAGACCUUCUGCACGAGGAAUGGUCUUCUGGGGAAUUAUGACUACGCCUUCCUUUUCCGUCCCAAUGUCCCCUUCCUGAAGAGGCCUCGACGAGCGAGCCCUUUCUUUGGGCUGGACGACCCAAUGCCCGUUGUCCUCGCGAUACUGCUCGGUUUUCAACAUGCUCUGGCUAUGCUUGCUGGUGUCAUGACUCCUCCAAUCAUCUUGGCCGGCCAAGGAGGAGCCAACCUGGCAGCGGACCACCAGCAAUAUCUCGUCUCGACCGCGUUGAUCGUGUCGGGAAUUCUCUCUGCAGUUCAAAUCACUCGGUUCAAUCUAUUCAAGUCUCCCUACUACCUUGGAACUGGACUGAUCUCCGUGGUUGGCACUUCAUUUUCCAUCAUCCCCGUGGCACAAGGCGCGUUCAGCCAGAUGUACGCCAACGGGUAUUGCCCGGUCGAUUCGAAUGGAAAUAAAUUGCCCUGUCCCGAGGGAUACGGUGCCUUGAUUGGGACGUGUGCUCUGUGUGCAUUGAUCGAAAUGGCCAUUGCCUUCCUGCCACCCAAGGCACUUCAGCGAGUCUUCCCUCCCGUCGUGACUGGCCCAACAGUCAUGAUGAUUGGCGUCCACUUGAUCCAAAGUGGCUUUCAAGACUGGGCCGGCGGCAGUGGGACGUGCAACACGCUUCCAGACGACGGCUUUUACCGACUCUGUCCCAACAUUGAUGCUCCUCACGCCCUCCGCUGGGGCAGUGCCGAGUUCAUUGGCCUGGGUUUCCUGGUAUUCCUCACCAUUAUCCUAUGCGAAAGGUUCGGUUCACCCAUCAUGAAGUCCACCAGUGUGAUCAUCGGCCUUUUGGUGGGCUGCAUCGUUGCUGCCGCUUGUGGAUAUUUUGAUGACUCUGGGAUCAAGAGUGCGCCUGUGGUCUCGUUUGUCUGGGUCAAGACUUUCCCUCUGUCUUUGUACGGACCCUUGGUCUUACCGGUGCUCACUUUCUUUAUCAUUUGCGCUUGUGAGACCAUUGGUGAUGUGACGGCGACUUGCGACGUUUCCCGACUCGAGGUGGAAGGCCCGCAAUUCGAAUCCCGAAUUCAGGGAGGCAUCCUCGCAGAUGGAUUGAACGGUAUCCUCGCUGCCUUGAUGACAAUUACUCCCAUGUCCACGUUUGCGCAGAACAACGGUGUCAUUGCGCUGACCCGUUGUGCCAAUCGGACAGCGGGAUAUUGUUGCUGCAUGUUCCUUUUCAUCAUGGGUCUCUUCACCAAAUUCUCUGCUGCUCUGGUCGCCAUCCCGAGCGCAGUUCUUGGAGGCAUGACGACUUUCCUUUACUGCGCUGUCGCUGUGUCCGGUAUGGCCAUUGUCAACCGAGUCCCAUUCAACCGACGGACCCGUUUCAUCUUGACCGCUUCGCUCGCCGUUGGGUAUGGUUCCACGUUGGUGCCUACCUGGUUUGACAACGUCUUCACUUAUGACGGCGGUAAUCACGCCCUGCAAGGGUUCUACAACGCUAUCAUUCUGGUCAUGGAAACUGGGUUCACGAUCACUGCCUUCAUUGCCAUGGUGUUGAACUUGGUACUUCCCGAGGACCUCGAGGACGAUCUCGAGGAGGAUUCCGUGUCGAAGCGAUCGGAUUGCUCUAGUUCUGUGGAUGAAGCAUCAAAGGUACAGGCUCAGCCGUCCAAGGAGGUGGUUUGA